AGAGGGGUUUAUCAGCUCCAAACACUUGCAGGAUUUCCGGUUUGGGAUUGUCCGUCCAAUUCCUGAGUUCCACAGGAAGCGCGGAAUAAAAAGCAGGAGAAAAACGCCCAAAAGCAUCUCAUUCCUCGCCAGUCGGAUCACGGGGAGCAUCGAGACGUCGACCACACCGUGCUCUUUAUCAGAGAGAAGAAGAGUUUAUAAGAAAUGGUGACGAUGGAGAAGCGCGUCAGAGCGCGCGACAGGUGGAUCGAAUGGCCUCGAGCUCAGCGCGAGAUCACGUGAUUUUAUUAACUGGGUAGCUGAUUGGGGGACAGACACACCUGAAAGUCUCUCUUCCUGCUGUCAGACACACCCGAGAGAGAGAGAGAGCGACAGAUAGACAGAGAGAGAGACAUGUACACAGCAGUCCUGCUCUCCUCCUCUCUGUUUCUCCUGCAUGUGACCUGCACGCCUCAGAUUCACGGUCACCACGGGAGGAGAGUGUGUGUUGGAGAUGCGUGGAGUCGUCGUGUGUCCUACAGCACAGAGUCGUUCCUUCAGCCUGUACACAAACCUUACAUCACCAUGUGCCAAAACCACCGCAUGUGUAGCACGUACAAGACAAUCUACAGGGUUUCUUACAGGCAGGUGAGCAGAGCAGCUCCUAAUGUACACAUCUACCCAGAAUGCUGUCCGGGAUGGCGACGUAUACAUUCACACAACUGUAACCAAGCGGUGUGUGAGCAGUCUUGUGCAAAUGGAGGGUCGUGUAUAAGGCCUAAUCACUGUGCAUGUCUGAAAGGAUGGACGGGACGAUACUGUCAAAUAGAUGUGGAUGAGUGUAAAGAAGGUCAUCGCUGCUCACAGAAAUGUGUGAAUACGCUGGGGAGUUAUCGGUGUGUGUGUCAGGAGGGAUUCAGUCUGGCUGAAGAUGAAAUAACAUGUUUAAGAAUUCCUCCCCCCUCCCCGCCACCCGUCGCUCCUCCAAAACCAGACAGUCGCUCAUCCAGUAGCGAUGCUGGUGGAGGUUUGGGAUUGGUGGAGAACGUUACCGAAGAAGUUCAGAUGCUUAAAAACAGAGUGGAGCUCCUUGAGCAGAAACUAGAGAUGGUUCUGGCUCCCUUCACCACACUCUUCCCCUUGGAUGGUGUGGGAGACAGUAACAGCUUCCUGCCUGAGAGGACCAACUUCCUGUCGCAUUCUCUGCAGCAACUAGACCGUAUCGACUCGCUCAGCGAGCAGGUCGGAUUCCUGGAGGAGCGUAUCGGAGCCUGUGCUUGCCAGGAAAACUAGAUGAUCAUUCAAAGAUGGGCUGGAUCCAAGUGAAACCAAUAUCUGGUGUCUAAAUGAACAACUGCAGCACUGAUCAAAGAGUCUGAAACAUUUUAACAUGUUCAAUCCACUUAAAGAGCAUGUAGGGAAGCACAAUUUCAAACCCACAAACUUCUGUUUGGCCAAAAUGGAGUUUAAUGGAGGAUGACCGGGUGCUUAGAAUGAUUCAUAAUGUUUUUCAAUGUAUUUCUCUCAUUUAAUCUUGGUGUAAGUGCAGCUGUAUGGUCUCUCCAUGGGUAAGUUUGGGUCAGGAGAUAUGUAAAUUUAUAUAUUUAUAAUUCCAUGUUCUUCUCCUGAGUAUUUCUAUUGGGAAAAAAAAUACAAAAUUGUAUUUUCUUUUUUAAAAUAUCAUUUUUUUAUGUUUACAUUUUUUAAAUAAAAUUGCUUAAACUUUGA